CACUCCUACUUCCACUCAGAGGCUCCCACGGCCACAGACAAGUGCCCUCCGGUCCUGGCACAGUGACUCAAGAGGAAUGGAAAGUCCUGUCUUGUGAUCGUACCACUUUGACCACAGGAAGGUUUCUGCAGUCUUGACAUGAGCUGGCAGAUGUGCUGCCCUAUGUAGUGUCAAUUCAUCUACUGUACACGCGAAGUUAUUCGUCAUGCUAGGGCUUUUGAGAAACUGUUUUUUCUUCCAAGUUUCAUUCUCUCCCGCUCUGUGACUGUGUUCAAGAAAGGCAGUAGCUGAUUACCAGAAUAUCAGGCUUGGAGCCCAACAGCUGCCAGCAUCUAUCAUAUUCUUCACAGGCUCUCGGCCACUUCCUGAACGCACUGCUGAAAAGCCGACAGAUAAGCUUGCAACGAAAGCUGUAAAAAAAAAGCAGAGGACACAAUGGAUGAUGUACACUGGGUGAGGAUACUAAGGCUUCUCCUUCUCUCUGCGUGCUUCAUACAGGUUCUGGGGGAGAGGGACUUCAGGUUUUGUGGCACGUGGCAGCACAGAAAUGGACCCCUGCAUCUUCAGUCUAACUUGAGGCGUGGCUGCAGCGAACUUAACAUCACUGCAGGCAGUAGCACCCUGGAAAUCAGUGGAGAGAUCAUGGGGCAUUGCGAAAAUUCAAGAAACAUUUCACUGCCUGGAGUACAAGCUGCUGACGUGCAUUUCUGUGUGUACUGGGAUGGGUUCCUUGACCUUCUGCAGGUUGAAUUCAGCAAUAUUAACUACACUCUGUGUGGACCCGGGGGUUUUCAAAAGGACUGCUGCACAGGACUGUCUCUAACUAGCAAUAUACGCUCAUCUAGCAGCUUUGGGAUUUCAAAUGGGAGUAUUCGUGGAGAUGUAAUAGAGUUAAAACGUCAAGACAAAUACUCUUUCCGAGGAGAACAAUCUAAUUGUGUCAAAGACGUCUGCAAAGAGGCAAGGCGGCAGGAUAUGAAGACAUUAAAUCGAGUUGAUGUGAUAGAAGAAGCCCUAAUGAAGGCAAACAUCUCUGGAGCUGUGGACUUACAGUGUGCCACAGCUGUGGUCAGGAAGAUAGAGAAAGAUAAAAGCUAUAACAUCGGCAUACCCGCUCAAUGCCAGGCACCCUCUUGUAAGCCUCCUGCCAUCUACAUCCCUCCAUCUCUGAUGGCCUCAAAAUCCAGAAAGUCUGCCAAGGUGGUCUGCACAUACUACAAUGAUUUUCCUCUUUUCCAGGGCACCAACAAGAGCAAGAUUCUCAACAGCGAGGUUGUGGGAAUCACAGUGGAAAAUGAAGUCAUCUCUGAUCUACAUGACCCGGUUAUCAUCACCUUUCAUCACUAUGAGCCAGUGCCCACAAAUAUGUCACGGAAAUGUGUAUUCUGGGACAUGACGAAAGUAAAAGAAGACACCUGGAAUGAUUUUGGGUGUGUAACAAAAGAGAAGUCCAAGGAGGAAACUGAAUGCCAUUGCAAUCAUCUCACCUAUUUUGCAGUUCUGCUGGAAAUAAACGAGGGGCCGGUGCAGCAUCUUGUGGCCUUGACUUGGGUGACGUACUUUGGCUGUGCUGUCACCUCCAUCAGCUGUGUCAUCCUCAUUGUCCUCUACGCACGACAAAGAGCCACGCUGGAGAACAAGAGCUUGUGCACCUUUGUGGCUUUUACCCAGCAUUACUCCCUGCUCUGUUCUUUCACCUGGAUGAGCAUCGAGGCCUACAACGCCUUUAGGCUGGUGUAUAAUGUGCUGAACUUCUACGUAAAAAACUACAUUCCAAUACUUUGCCUGGUGGGAUACGGAUUGCCAUUGGUGGUGGUUCUCGUGCUCGUUUCGAUUCCGGAUGUCUAUGGCCUGCACCGCAUCCGUUCUGCUGAAAACACUGAAACCCUGAUGUGCUGGAUUACGACGCCUCUGGUGCACUACAUCACAAACGUCUCCUUCUUCUUGGUGAUCUUCAUCCUUAACCUGGCCAUGCUGGUGUACAUUACUAAUACUAUUCAGAAAAGGGGACCCUGGAAGGAAAAUCGGAUCAUGCUCAUCAGCGUCUGGGGGCUCACCUGCCUGUUUGGAACCACCUGGGGGCUGGCCUUCUUAAAUUUUGGGGCCUUACGUGUGUUGGCCCAGAUUGCGUUUUGUAUAAUAAACUCCCUUCAAGGUUUUUUCCUCUGUGUGCGAUUCUUCUUGUUACGACACACCAUGAGGACCCGUUCGUUACAGGACAGCACCUCGGGGUCUGUGAAGCAAAGCAUGCUGUCAGGCCCAGAGUCCACUGGGGAGUGAUGUCCACAGGACACCGCAGAGUCUGCCUUCAAAGAGCAGUUCAAGUCAGUGUCAAGUUCUUCUGCCUCGUUCUGGGGGAAGAGUGGAGAAAAAUAAGACUGCAUCUCAGGGAUAUGGUGAAGACAUAACUUGCAGUCUGGAGCUUGGCACAAGAAAUGAAAUGGCUAGAAAAACAGAUUUCCAGCCUAAUAUUUUGCAUAGCAUUCCAUUCAUGCUCACCAAGCUAUUUCUGGAAACCUGUGAAUUUGAAUUUUAUUUUUUUCCUGUGUGUUUGUCGUAGUUUUCUACUCAUAUUACUUCAAAUGCAGCUUUUUUAAUUUCAAGUGCAAUUCUAGAGUAUUUAAAAAUAUAUAUUUUUAUGCUAGGAUAUUUUCUAAGAUUUUAUUUAAAAGCCCUCUUGAGCUUGCAGUGAUGUUUCAAAAAAUAUUUUUUAAAUAUAGCUGUCACCACCAGGUGGCAACCGACACUUAAGUAAAAAUGUGAAGUUUCACUUGACUUUAAGCAUCACCACUGUAGAUUAUUCGCUUGGGUGAUGUGAAGGGGCUAGUCGCUCGACAGCACAGCAGAAGCAAGAAGUGAGUUCGACUGGAUUAGCAGGGAAUUUUAAGUAAAGAAGAUUGCACAAGCCCAGCAUGCAUUUUAGCCAGGACACUGGGACUGUACCCCUACUCUUACAAAGUGUCACAGAAUCUUUAAUGAGCAAGUAGUAAGGAUCUCGGUUUAAUUUCUCAUUCAAAGGACAGCACCUCUCCAUGGCAGUUCAAUGGGCUCAACUGCUGUAUUAUAAGCACAAAUGCCUGGUUUCAAAUCUGACUUCAAGUUUUCAAAAAUCAAAGUGUUCUUAGUCAUUCUGUCAGUCCACCAACACCACUUACAACAGCAACCUGGACUUCCUUAGAGAUGUCCUAUCCCAGUACUAACUAGGCCCAGCCUCGCUUCAGCUAGAAGUUAGUAACACUGGUGUCUUCAAAUUCAAUAGUGUGGUGUUGGUGUCACCUUCUGCUUUGCCAGGCUAAACUGAAAUUAUUUUUACCUUCAUGAGUUAUGCUUUACAAUCACAACCAAAAAACUGGCACAAACUGGAACCAAGUCCUGUAAAUUGAUCUUUAGCUACCAUAGUUGCUAAGAAAUUGUUAUAUUUUUUCUGUUAAAAGUUCACAUUUUGUAUUCUUGUCUUCCUAAGAUGAACUUUUGCAGGAUCCUUUAUAAAGCAUUUAUCUCUAAGUAUCUUAGUAAUAAUAGAUGUAUUUUCCUAUUAAAAUGGUCAAUAAAUAUUUAAGUGUUUUUUGUGUCUCAAAUGUUUUUUUAAA